AUGGGACCUGAAAUUCUACAGGUAGCUCAGGAAAAGGUACUGCUUAUUCAGAUGCGAAUGAAGGCAGCACAGGAUAGACAGAAGAACUAUGCUGAUGCUAAAAGGAAAGAGCUAAAAUUCUUAGUAGGGGACAAUGCAUUCUUGAAGAUUGCACCAAUGAGAGGCGUCAUCAGAUUUGGCAAAAGGGGAAAGCUUAGUCCCAGAUUUAUUGGUCCAUUUGAGGUCCUGCGGUACGUAGCAGAUCUUUCACAUAUCCUGAGCUAUGAACCAUUACAACUGAAAGCAGAUCUAUCUUAUGAAGAGACUCCCAUUCAAAUCUUGGAUCAUAAGCAACAAGUUCUACAAAACCGCACCAUCUCUUAUGUGAAAGGUCUCUGGAACAAUCAUGGUAUCCAAGAGGCUUUAUGGGAGAAAGAAGGUGAGAUGCAGAUGGAAUAUCCCCAUUUGUUCGACGAUUCAGGAAAAUUUUGA